AUGACUACGCAGUCAAUGCGUGAUUUAACGCAACAGUCCAACUGCACAUGCAAUGCUCCAUCUUGUUCUGUAUCAGAUUCAUUCAUUUUACCAGCAUGUUCGUCAUUCUGUGCUGGCUCGGGUCUGGUUACAACUGACCUCGAUGCUGGUAUCAGUUAUAUCAGUUCACAAGUAGCGAUUAACGAUCGCGUUUAUCAGUUGGUGAAGCACGCGUGUUUACGUUCGUUGAGUUGUGAAGUAUCAGCGAAAGCAGUGCCGUUCAGAUCGAACAGCACUCCAAGAGCAGCAACAUCAACAACAACAACAACGAAAUCACAGAAAAUACCAUUGCCAACUUCAUCAAAGUCUUUGACUAUCAACAGAAGUGCGAUCAAUAAUACAACCACUACGAAUACGUUCGACACAGGUUUAAUGGAAUCGGAUAAUGAUGAUGGUGUCAUCUUGUUCGGUGAUGAUGAUCACGGCUACACCCUCUCACAUACAUUCAGAUUACGUGAUGCAAAAGCACGUGGUUUCCAACGUUGGUUCUCAUUGAUUGUGAUUUGUAUGGAUAAAUUAUUAAUCACGAACAAUUACGAAUUUUUUGUUUCAUCUUUGUCAGCGAUAAUUCAUCAACUGCAGGAACGAGCCGAUGAUGUGUUCGUAAUGGAGCAGAGUGAAUUGGGUGAUUUAGCGAAUGAAUGUAUCAAACAAGCCUCAAGAGCGUCGUUACUUCCAGCACAUUUCAUGCGCAAUCGUGUCACAAAGCUCGAUUUGGACACUUCUCGAAGUCUAGCUUUGAUAACUGCUAAUCCAAAUAUAUUCACCAAAUUACAUAAGCAGAUGACAUAUGUGUUAAGGACACAAGCACGUUUAUGCACGGAAAGUGUUUUGGAAGGUGUACCCACUCAAGAUGCGUUGGUUCAAUUCGAACUUGAAAGGAGUUUCGAUUAUGGUGCGGCAGCUAUCGGUGAUGGUGGUGAAGUGCUGAAUUUGAAUGAUGAUCAAAUGGCUGUUGAUAACGUGAACUGUUACUGUUCAUUUACCAACUCAAAUUCUACACCAAUAAAUGAUUAUGGAAUUGAUCCACUGGAACAAGUCGACUAUUUACAAUCGAUUUCACAAAAAAUUCACGCUCUCGGUAAACACUUUCCAAAUGCACUCGAUAUCAUCCUAAAACAAUUGGUGACUGGCGGACAGUUAGUAGUGCAGUGUGAUGAUCGUUGUUUAGCGAGACAAGUUCUAACGGCAUUUGCUUACUUAUUACCCAUUGGUUGUGUUCAUAUCACGUAUUCGGAGUCAUAUGAGCACGUUUUCAGAUAUAAUUUGCUUGGGUGCCCAAUGUCAUUAGAAAUUCCAAAUGAUGUGAGUGAUCAGAUAGUUGUGUUAUGUGUGGACAUCGAUGAAAGUGUUGAACUAUCAGCAGUAUCGAGUAAAUCAUUUGCAUUCGAUUCAUUUGACGAUGUUCAUUCAUCGUUACCACAUUCAUCGGCUUCUUUCAUUGAGAAUACCAUGAAUUAUUCUGACGAGUUAAUGAAUAAUAUUCCACCUUAUGAGACAUCGGCCAUCUCAUCGUUACCGCUCUCGGACCGUCCAUCUAUUAAUAAUAAUAAUAAUAAUAACAAUAACAAUAAAUCUUCAUCUGCCAUCGCACAAAAAAAUUUUUAUCGUUGUCGCAUUUUGCAACUUUCCGCACCAUCCACUUUGCUCCCAAAUGAAGCAACGCCAACCAUUGUUCAACGCUAUAAGCAAUUAUUACUUGAUAAUGAGCUUGGUAAUCGUGUGCUGGAAGCAGUGUUAAAGAAUACUCGAGAACAGUGGUUGAGUAAAUCAAAACUUAUCUACGAGCUGAGUCGUCAGAAGGAAGGUAUUGACCUGACCAAGGAUGCGUCAGUGCUUCGUUUUUGGCAAGCGGGUUUAUCGCGAACAUACAAACAGCACGUGCUGAACACAAUCAAUAGCUAUCAGCAGUUUUGUGUUUGA